UAGACACGCCAGACGAGUCGCGUCUAAGCGCGUUGUAUAAUGAAGUGGUGGGACUACCUAUGUUUAUGUUUUCUAAUGUUGUCGAGGCAGCACUAACCCCACGACCUGUAAACAGAGACAGACAACUCCUGGUCUGUCGAUGUUUAGUGAAUUAAGAUCAUGGAGUUGGCAGAUGGAUCAACAGAUAUUGUGCACCCGGAAGUGCGAGCGCAUAUCAAUAGUCUUGUCUCAGCGCUUGGAGGUAUCAGCGCCGACAGCGAUGGCGGCUAUCAACUCGGCGACGAUGCCCUCGAGGUUCUUCGAGAUCUAAAGCGAUGGAUACGCUUCUACGACGAAAAGACGAAUCGGAUGGACGUUGCGCGAUGCAUACACGAGGCGAACCUGGUCGAGGGUGACCUGCUCCCCAUUCUCUCGACGUGGCCCGAAAACGCCACGGACAGCAAAUUCAAGUCCAGGAUAGCCUUGGCUUGCUUCGAACUCAUGGUUCCUCUCACCUGGCCAAUGGCAAGAGACAGAGAGCGAAUGACGGUCAAUCACCACCGCCAUAUGCCGGUCCUGGAGCUUGCUCAGGUUGGAUAUAAGCGAGCCGUUGUCAACUACGACGGAGCUCGCGUACUUCAUACAGCUAUACGGGUGGCUCUCCCGUCCAUGGCAAUACCGAUUGGCGAUCGAACACAACGUGAUCAAGGCAUCAUCAAGCUGGUCUUGUUCUUCCUCCGUAACAUCGCCAUGAUCGAGCCUCCCCCUGAUGUCAAAUACGAAGGCGAUGAGUCUCAAAUAUCUCGAUCCGCCACUAUCGAUGCAUUCUCAUACCAAGAUAUCUUCCUCGUGCUCUUAACACUUGCCUCGAACAUGGGAGAAGAUUUUCGAGCCGAAGAUACAUCUGUCAUGGAGAUUAUAUACCAUUUAGUGAAACAAGUCGACAUCGAAAAGCUCUUCAUGAAUGAGCAGCAGCUAAGUAAGGCCAAGGCUGGAGAGCUUGCCGAUAUGAUGAGUAAGGAGUCGUCCAUGUUGAAGGCAUACAACCGCAAAGGCCCAACUCGCCACAACCGAUUCGGUACUAUGAUUUGGGUGAAGCGAGACGACGGCAAGAUGUCAUCACUUUCGGGUCAAGAUGCGCUGGCUGAUGCCUCGACGAGAAAUCAAAAGAUGGACAACUCAAAGACCUUCCGACCUCCUCGCCGAGCACGAAAAGGGGAUAAAGAUGAGAAAGAUCUCGGAUUACCAACUAAGCUUAAUUCUCGUGCUUAUGACCAGUUGCGAUCGUUUGUCGAGGACUUCCUUGACUCGGGCUUCAACCCCCUAUUCCAACAUGUCCGCAAAACCAUCGAUAGGGAGGCACCACAUGUAAUGCAGUAUCAUCGCCGUCAGUUUUUCUACUUGGUGGCAUGGUUCCUAGAAGCCGAGCGCAUGAGGCGCAAGGCAAGGAAACAGUCGAGUCAGAAUCCCAGCGAGGAUAUCAGCAGUUUCAACCUUGUUGCAGGUGUUCUCAACCAGGAGAUGUUCAUCACUCUCAAUAAGGCUCUCCAUGAGUCACUCGAGAUGAAAGAUUGGCAUGAACUAACCGCCGUUAUGCGUUGUUUUACCCAGAUUCUUCUCACAGUGCAGGAAAUGUCAGAGUCAGGCAACGAGGACAACGAAGAGAUCGCCGAAAACGUGCUUAGUCGUCUAUUUUACGAAGAAGCAACCCACGAUGCAAUUGCCACCAUCAUUAGAACUUACAAGGACCAAAGCUUCAACUACCUUGACGCUGCCACGGAACUGGUCCACCACUUCCUCCGUAUCCUGGAAGGAUACUCUAAGCAGAACAUCGAUAUGCAAGUUCGCUCGCGGAAGCGCACUCGGCGGAAGAAGAAGGCUGCCCAAGACGCUGCAGGAAUCGAAAAUGACAACGACGAGAAUGACGGUUCAGAUAAUGACGCCGCAUCCGCCGAGCGAACCACUAAAGAACGAAAGUUCGACUUUCAUCGCUUUGCAACGCGUUUCACGCCCCAGAGCGUAGUGGAUACAUUUGUCGCUUUCACCAAGUAUUACCGUGAUCUGACAGACUCGCAACUCAAGCGAGCGCAUCGAUACUUCUAUCGCGUGGCUUUCAAAGCAGAAGCGAGUGUCAUGCUAUUCCGUGUGGAUAUAAUCCACCUCUUUUACAACAUGAUCAAGGGCCCUGCUGCGCUUGAAAAGUCCUCUAGAGUGUUCAAGGAGUGGGAAGAGUUGGUGAAGCAGAUACUGCGAAAAUGCUUCAAGAAGCUUGAACAGCGGCCAGAACUGCUUGUGGAGAUGCUCUUCAGCAAGGGGUCCAGCACCGCCUUCUUUCUCGAGUACGGCUUCGAACGACAAACUGUCACUACAGCCAGCAAAGCCAAACCUGCAGCUGAGCUGGUCUUCAAAAACACUGAAGAGCUAGACCGACAGAUUGCCAUUGUCGUUGGAGCAAUGCUGGACAAGAACCAGGCAAACCAUGUCGCUUGGAUCAAGAAAAUCCUCGGCGACGCUGAGAGCGAACGUGAAGCUUUCAUGGCAGCGGAAGAGGCAAUGGCUUCAGUUGAGCCUGUACAAGACGAAGCUGAAGAGCAGCCAACAGAGUCGGGGCCAAAAGCGCCUCCUAUAUUCUACGUGCGCCCGGAUGAUAAGGACCGUCGGAAUGCCAUGUUCAAGAACUCUCAUAUGCGACUCCUUAUGAAACUCGUCGGCCUUCAAUUAUUAGACCCGGCGUCAGAAGAAACACCCGAGUCUGCAUGGAUCAUACCUUCAGAUGUGUCUGCCGACGUUCUCAAGGAUGCUAUCCACUACAUCAACCAAGCCGAGUUCAGCCCUCCAACAUUUGAGGAGGGUGUUCUGGCAGAACACCAGCUGAAACGCAGGAGUGCUCCACGCAAGAAGGCCGAUUUCGAUGAUGAUGAGGCCGGCGAGCCUGACGACCCCAUGUUCGGACCGCUCGGUCCCACGGUGCGCAGACCCAUUGAUGAAGAAGAUGGCCCCAAGAAGUCGCCCAGGAAACGCAGGCCUCGAAAAGAACUUACCGAAGAAGAAAGACAAAAGAAACGUAGAGAAAGGCGAAGAAAAGAGCAAGACAGGUUGAUGAGCUUUAGAUCAGAAGAGUUUGUAAGGCCCGAGGACGAUGAAACGGAUUCUGAGUACGACGAAGCCUUCUUCGCUCGAGAACGCGAGAUAAAAGCAAAGGCAGCGGCCAUUCGCCACGUUGCGGAACGCCUUCCUGUGCCUAGAAAGCCAACUAGAAAGCGUGGGAUUGCAGCUACAGAAUCUGCAUCAAGUAGUGAGGAGCAUCAGGAAGGAAGUGGAGAUUCUGAAUCUGGUCACGAUUCUGAUCCUGGCGACGAUUUCAUUCUUAGGGCAAUGAAUACAACUCUUGAGGAAGAGAACGAGGGGCAGCCGGAAGGAACAUUGCCAGAUGGAAGUGAUGGAGAGAGUCGCAAGAGGAGACGAAUCAGUGUUGAAAAGACUCAGCCUGACGAGGAUGAGGAAAUGGGCGGCGUGAAUAAGAAUGGAGAUGAGGAUGAGGAUGAAGCACCUGUCGUCACUCGAAGGCCGCGUGUGCGGGGUGGGUUUGUUGUGGAUAGUGAUGAUGAUGAGUAGAUAUUAAGUAGCAUAAUUACUGGCGUCUGGAGCGUGCAUGCUAUAUAACAUGGUAGGAAAGGGGCAAUGGACACGUCUAGAUUUAAUGAACGAACGUCACCACCAGGUCUCUGCCAUACUAUCCUGUGGAAGUCAUGGCCAAGACUCGGGAGAACUGGGUACAAGAUAUGGUUAACGGAGACUGAUUCUAGAUUCUUCAGACUAACGUAUACAGGACUCUAUUGGAGAUGGGAGACUAUCUAGCAGUGGUAUAUCCUCCAAACAUGUUAUCUCGCUGGCUUAUAUCUUUCUAUCCAAAACAUAAAUCAUACUCUUUUCUAUGGGGUUGACUUUCUUUAUGGUCGUCUCUCCAAACUCCUCCUUCUUGUCGCUGUGCUCUGCCCAGAUUGUAUUUGACCUAGCUCUGCAAGAUCCUCCUGGCUCUUUCUAGGAGCACCAGGAUGCGCAAGCACACUAUCGCGAUGUUCUGGACGUCGGAGGGCAUCGUUCUGCUGCAAAGCAGACUUCUCGUCGUCCUUGCCGCCCCAUGACCCCCCAAUUCCCUCCAUGAUGAACUCGGAAGCUGUUGGUUGGUCAAGAAGAGAGAGUUCCUCGGGGGAGAAUAUGUAGGGGAGUAACAGAGCACGGAUUGGUAUUAGGGCAAAAAUGAUGACAGGGAAGCCGACAGCGGCUACAGUCUGGGUGAUAGCAAAAGUGGCACCGAAACCAACCAGCUCUAUGAGGACAAAGUACCAGAUAGCUGAGCGCCGGCGAAUUUGAAGUAGGGGGCUGUUUGAAGGCGUAAGGGCACGAUCGCGAGCUAGGAAAAUAAGCUUGCCAGUGAUACCAUUCCCCUCAAGGGCCUGGACACCCAUGACAAAGAAUAGACCCGCGAGCACACCAUGGGGGAUCAAGUGAAGAACCACUAGAAGAGGCCCCGUCAUAGUGCCCAAAGUAAGGAGACCUUGAGCAAAGUUGGAAAAUCGUUGCUCUACAACGUGUGUGGCCUCGAAGGAAUAACCACCACCUACUGGGUUGCCAUCUUCAUCAUCUUCCUUGACAGCUUUUGUAACGCAGAGCGACUCGGUAUGGAAGGGUGCUUGGGGGAUGAGACCAUUGGGGAAUGGUAGGCCAAGGAUACCUGCAACACCAGUUGUCAAACCGAGGAGGAAUAUAUCCCAGUGGAAACCAGCAGGUUUGCGAAGUGGAAACUCGCUGCCUUGGGCGAUGAGUGAAGAA